UCUUAAGCAUAUGUAACCCAUCGAUUUAAAAAGAAAAUGAAAAAAUUUAAGAAAAAAGAAGCCUUAAACUCAGUUUGUGGUCUUCUACCCAUUCUCGGAAGGAAAUUUCACGCAAAAAAGGAGGAUUUCUCGGUUUUUCAGUUUGCCCAGUCACGCUUGAGGGAACAAGGAAAAUGAGAGCACUGUUUUUCUUUAGGAGAAGUUCAUCACUGUGGGAGAAAAGAAGACAUCAACCAAACUUCAUCUUAUCAUCCAAGUCCUUUUGUACAGACAAUGGUGAUGACCUCCAGACCUCCAAGGUCAAGAUCUUUGAUCGUCAUCUCAAACGCAGACAGCGUGAUCGAGCUGCAUGGUUGAUGCGCCCAAAAGAUUCUUUUGUUGAUGCAACAGCUGAAAAUAUAUUAGAUCGUUUGGAGGACUGCAAAAGAUCAUUUCCUUCAGCAUUAUGCUUGGGGGGUUCACUGGAAGCCAUCAGGCGUCUGUUAAAUGGUCGUGGUGGCAUUGAAAAGCUGGUUAUGAUGGACACAUCAUAUGAUAUGGUGAGAUUGUGUAAAGAUGCUGAGCAAAAUGAACCAAGCAAAAAGAUUGAAACAUCCUUCAUGGUUGGUGAUGAAGAAUUUUUACCUGUUAAAGAAAGUUCUCUAGAUCUGAUUAUAAGUUGCUUGGGCCUCCAUUGGACAAAUGAUCUCCCAGGAGCAAUGAUACAGUGUAGGAUGGCAUUGAAGCCUGAUGGUCUAUUUUUAGCAGCUAUUCUCGGUGGAGAAACCUUAAAGGAGCUUAGAAUAGCAUGCACAGUGGCUCAAAUGGAGCGUGAAGGGGGAAUCAGUCCACGAGUGUCACCCUUGGCCCAAGUGCGGGAUGCUGGAAAUCUUUUGACUAGGGCUGGUUUUGCCCUUCCAGGUGUUGAUGUUGAGGAAUAUACAGUUAAAUAUCAAAGUGCUUUGGAUCUUAUAGAACAUCUGCGUGCAAUGGGCGAAACUAAUGCUCUUCUACAGCGGAACAGGAUCCUAAAGAGAGAAACAGCCCUGGCAACUGUAGCUAUUUAUGAUUCAAUGUUUGCCGCAGAAGAUGGCACAAUUCCUGCUACUUUUCAGGUCAUUUACAUGACAGGGUGGAAGGAGCACCCAUCUCAGCAGAAGGCCAAAAGGAGGGGAUCUGCCACCAUAUCAUUCCAGGACAUCCAGAAGCAGUUUGGAAGUGACAGUUGAUUUUUUCUCUUUUAUUUCUCUGCAUUUCAAGAUGGCUUUUGAUUUUUACGACAAAAGACCAUGAGCUGUAAGAUAAUCAAGUAGAACUUGGGUUGUGCAGUGAGGGCUUGUCGACUAGCUGUUCAACUUGCCUUUUUCUUUUCUAUGGGAACUGCAAUCAAAGAUUCUGGGGUAUAUACCAUGGCCUGGCUCUCUAUUGGUUUUCUUCAAAUAUGUUUCUUUCUAAUUUUUCUAUUGUUGGAUUUGUGACAUUAUUUUGUAAUUUCUUUUACUUUUUAGGGCGGCAUAACAUGAACUCAACCAAAAAAAAAGGUCAAAAUAAAACAUCAGUAUUUCUUUCUA